AGACAGACGACAUCGACUGACUCAAUGCCCACAAGCAUGCGUGUUUACUGAGACUGAGGACGGGUUCUUACUGCUCUGUAAUCUCUGGAAACUUGGCCAGCAAUUUCAGAGACAGAAUGGAACCCAUCUUUUACCCCACAGAAGACAACAUGCUACUUAGCUGCUUUAGAUUGUGGUUUUUAUUUUAGCAUUCAUUUCUGUGGAUUGUGGAAAUUAUAUUUAAGUAGUCAUGGUGCAGAUGCAUUUCUCCACACUGGACUAUGUCAUUUUUGCACUUCUCCUUCUGUUAUCAACAGGAAUUGGACUUUACUAUGCAUUUAGUGGGGGACGCCAGCAGACCACUCAGGAGUUCCUAUUGGCAGACCGCAGCAUGCACUUUCUUCCAGUGGCACUUUCACUUCUUGCUACAUUUCAGUCAGCUGUAGCAAUUUUAGGUGUUCCUGCUGAAAUAUACACAUCGGGUACCGAAUACUGGUUCCUUGGUGUAUCUUACAUACUAGGACUACUUAUUCCUGCACACAUAUUCAUCCCCAUUUUUUAUAGACUUGGACUCACAAGUGUUUACCAGUAUCUGGAGCUACGUUUCAAUACAGCCACAAGAAUAUGUGGCACAGUCACUUUUAUUUUUCAAAUGGUUAUCUACAUGGGUGUGGUACUUUAUGCUCCUGCUCUUGCUCUCAAUGCAGUUACUGGCUUUGAUCUUUGGGGUGCUGUGCUGGCUGUAGGUCUUGUCUGUACUCUGUACACAGCACUGGGAGGACUAAAAGCAGUGAUCUGGACCGAUGUUUUCCAAACUGUAGUCAUGUUUGCUGGACAGCUAACAGUUAUUGUUGUGGGAGCAUGGCGAGUGGGUGGAAUGGGAGAAGUGUGGAAAAUAGCACAAGAAGGCGGCCGCAUCUCUGGUAUAGAUUUUAACCCAGAUCCUUUUGAGCGGCACACCUUCUGGACCUUGGCAUUUGGAGGAAUUUUUAUGAUGUUAGCACUGUAUGGAGUAAACCAAGCACAAGUGCAGAGAUACCUGAGUUCUAAAACUGAGAAGGAAGCUAUCAAGUCAUGCUAUUUAGUUUUUCCAUGUCAACAGAUUGUCCUAGCAUUGGGAUGUGUAAUGGGUCUUGUGAUGUAUGCACAAUAUAGAGAGAAUAGCCCUCUGGCUAGUGGAUAUGUCAAAAUGCCUGAUCAGAUGGUGUUGUACUUUGUGAUGGAUGUUCUGCAGGACUUACCUGGAUUACCAGGUCUUUUUGUGGCCUGUUUGUUCAGUGGAUCACUGAGUACAAUAUCUUCUGCAUUCAAUUCCCUUGCAACUGUUACUAUGGAAGAUCUGAUCAAGCCUUAUUUUCCUUCUAUGACUGAGAAGAAGGCUACUGUUCUGUCUAAACUCCUUGCUUUAGGAUAUGGCAUUGUUUGUCUGGGGAUGGCCUACAUUGCUUCACAGAUGGGCUCAGUGCUGCAGGCAGCACUUAGUAUCUUUGGAAUGGUUGGAGGACCAUUACUUGGAGUCUUCUGUCUUGGAAUAUUCUUUCCAUGUGCUAAUUCUGUGGGUGCUCUUAGUGGUCUACUGGCUGGACUGGUCAUGGCUUUCUGGAUAGGCAUUGGAAGCUUUGUUUCUAAGAGUUCAUCUUCUGUGCCUUCUGUCAACACUACCGCUUUUCCACAAACAGGAAAUGUAACAAUGACUGCAAUGACAACACUCUUGACGACCGCAGCUACAAAACCACGUCUGUCUGGUUUAAACAAGUUUUAUGCCUUGUCAUAUAUGUGGUACAGUGCACACAACUCAACCACUGUUGUUAUUGUUGGUCUUCUUGUCAGUCUUUUCACAGGCCCAACAGAAGGAAAGGAUGUUAACCCAGACACCAUCUUCCCUAUUCUGAGUUCUUUGCUGUUCUUCCUGCCUGACAAAUACAAAGAGAAACUAAACUGUGGAGUCCCUUUUAGGAAAAGGGUCACUGAUCGUAAUUCCCAGCAGUAUCAGAAACCUGAACAGGAAUGUAACGGUUGUAAAGCCAAUGGUGAACUGGGUAAUACAGAAAGUGAGGAAUCUGAAACUUUAGAGAAUACAGAACUGUCAAAUCAUAGCACAAAGCAGCAAUACUACCACAUUGUUCAUGAGACAGCAUUAUGAGCCAGCGGUAUUCCAAACAUCUGAAAUGGGCAAGAAAAACAAAAUUUCUUAUCACUUAAUCAUGGUUCUUAAUUAAAACAUUUCAACAGUGUGUUGCUAGUGUUCAGAAAAUAACUGUCAAUUGGUAUUAUGUUUCCGUGAUGUGCAGUCUGCUGUGCAAAUAUUGGAGACUUUAUAGAAAUUUGAAAUACAGGAGAUUACAUAUAGUAGUUAAGUAUCCAAGCAUUUUGGUUGUUUAGCCAGCAAAAAAUAUAUAUAUUGAUUGUUUUAGGCUGUUGGGCUUCUUUUUCUGGUUACCAAUAUGCCAUUAUAUUCAAUAAUUUGGAAUCCUAGUUUCUAUUAAGAUUAUGACCUGUUGAGUUUGAAACACUGUAUAGAGCUGGACUGACACACCUGGCUUAUUUUAAUACAGUUGCUAAGCUACAAGGCAUUCUAAUGUGGUAUCACUGUGACUAUUCACAUUUUUCAAUAUUUCUCUCAGAGAGAGACAGACCUAGGGAGGGAUGGCAGAAGGGUGUAUUUCAAAGUUUCUUUAUAUGUAUCAAUAUACAGUUUGUGUCUGUAUAUAAUAUAUGUAUAAAUAUAAUGGAGUAAAUGUAUUUCAGUAUUUAUUGAUUACCUCUUCUGUUAAUUUAUAUGUUUAAUUUAGUUCGGAUAUUUUUUCUUAUUGAAAGUUUUUUGCUCUUCUGAAUUCUGAUUAAGGUUUUUUUUUCUAUCAAGAGAGCUGAAACAGACAAAUCAAGUAAUUCUGAAAAACAAAAGCCUACCACUGUUAACCUGAAACUGUGAUUUCAAAAUAUUCUGUAACCUCUUGCUGACUCUCUUUUUGCUGCUUAUAUAGAGUUGCAGCUCAGUUUUACAUUGAAUAAAUUGUGAACAGACUUGUUUACUGUUGACAAAGGCAAUAUUAUCUCUGUAAGAAAUGUACAAGUUUGAUUCUCACACAACUACAAUGUAGCAUUGGGGGAGUUUUAAAAUUCCUAUUUUUGGAAAUGAAAAUACCAUUUUGUUUUUUUGGAUUCUUGUGCAAUAUAGUAUAGCAGUUUAACAUGAGGAUAAAGAAAAUCACUCACAUGAUUUACAGACAGAAUAUAACUUAUAUAAAUAAAUUAUGUUUUGCAAAGAACAUUUACUUGGGUGCAUUAUGAAAUAAUCAACUUUUCCGCUUUAAAUUAUUUUUUAUUCCGCAUUCUUCAGUGACUAUUUUUUUCUAAGAAAAAAACAAUUUCCUUAAUAAAAAUGAAACGUGAUAGUUUGCUAACACAAUGACCUAUAUUGUGAUUGCCAACAUUGACAACAGGUACUAUAUGAAUGAAAAUGCUGUUUUUAAUUAUGAUCAGUUAAUUUACUUAGAGAUAAAAUUGUAUUUUAUUAUAGUGGAUCAAGAAAAUAUUAAUGUACUGUUAGAAAUGUAAGCAUUGUCACUGGCAGCUUUUAGCAUUUAUAGCUAGUGCAGUACCCAUUUUUGAAGUGAAACAGCAGAUCUAGCUUUAACAAAAUGAUUACUUUUUGUAUUUUUAUAUAGUAAACCAAAUUAAACUACGUGCAGCACAAAGCUUCUGUGUUUAUUUAGCAUCUGUAUUUAAAUGGAAAUCUAUUCAUGAUCACUUAGCUCAGAUUGUAUUCUAAUAUUUUCAGAACUGUCAAGGAUAAAAUUACACUUUAACAAAGAGGUGAAAUCCUUUUAAUUUGUAAUAUAAGAAAUUAACAUUUAAAAUUCAUUUUCUUUCUAAUAUAGUUUGUAUUGCUUUAUUCUGGCAUUUAGCCUUAAAUAGUUGCAUUUUCUUUAAUAGAUUUAGAACAUUAAUCAUUAAAUUUCACAUUUAGGUAAAUCAAAAUGUUAACGGAACAAUUUUCACUUUCAAAACCGACCAGAGAGCCACAAGACAGUUUACAAGAUGUUAACAAGUUCUCACACUUAUUUCCUAUCACUCUAAAUAAAUGCUGAUAAAUACUGCACAACCAAUCCUUUCAUUUUUUUUUAAUAUUUUCAAUAAUGUGUCUGCUGUCUAUUUUAAGCAUAUAAACAAUGGUAGUGUUAUGCUUAUUGUUUUAACAAAGAAAAAAGAAUGCAAACAUGAAAAUAUAACAUUACAGCUGUGUUAUUGUUAUCAUAGUCUCAGAAUGUUGAAUAAGAAACUAGAGAAUAUACAGUAUGUGUAGAAUCCCCCCCUUCAAAAUAUUCAUAUUUUGUUGUUUUGCAGCCUGAAAUGAAGACACACACAGUCUCCAGCUAUAUUUACUCAGUACAACUUAUAACAGCCUAUUGAAAGAUAUAAUAGCAACUGAAUCCCUGAGAUGGUUAAAGGGCCAAAAAAUUACUUGUAAAGUCAGUCAUGUGUAACUAAUCACCUUGUCCUUUGUACACCAGGUUAAUUGGCUUCUACCUGUGAUCAAUUGUAAUAAUUUUGAUUAGUUCAGCAUAAAUUCCGGUGCUUGGAAGUGCAACUGAAAGAAAAGAUCAACUAUGUGUGGCAAAGCUGAUGGAAGAUCUCAGGGAUAAAGUUUUGGAUAGGCACAAGACUGGAGAUCAAUACAAAAAAGUUUCAAAGUCUUUAUCAAUCCCUUGGAGCACUGUAGAGUCCAUAAUGAAGAAGUAGUAAGUGUUUGAUACUAUGAGGCCCUACCUAAGAGUAAUGCGGAAACUGGUCAGAGAGGCUAUUUAGAGACCUAUGGCAACUUUGAAUCAGUUACAGGAAAUUUGGCAAAGAGUGAUUGUUGUGUACGUGUAACAGCAAUAUCAGAAGUGCUCCACAAAUGUGGUUUGUAUGGGAAGUUUGCAAUAGAACAAAUUGGGAGUGGUCUCCCCUAGACUUUCUCAUAUACUCAGAAAUGGGGAUGGGUAUUUGGGGAGUAAACCACAAGACAAUGAUUAUAUUUUUAUAUCAUGUUCAUUAAAGAACCAUUAACAAUAAAUCAAAUCAAAUUAAUAAUAUAUUGAACAAUUAUUAUAGAAGUAAAAUUGAAUAAAUCGGACUGUGCUGCUGCAUGAAUAAAAGGUAAAGUACCACUCCCAGUUAGCGGAAAUAGCCCAAAAGUUGAUGGAAAUCUUUGUUUUGAACCUAAUACUUGUAUGCAAAAUUUGUUUGACCUAAGUGAAAGCGUACUCAAGUUAUCUUGUUUACAUAGACACAUACACACAGACAUAACUCCAAAGAUAGUAUUUUCGGAUUCGCGGAGGUCUAAAACAUCAGGAUUCAUUAAAAUCUCGCGAUGGAAUGUUUGGAGGAUUCCAAUAAUUUCCCUUUACUUCGUAUACAAGAAAGUCAGGGAGGUCUAAAAUGUUGAGAUUGAUUAAAAUCUUGACAUCAAAUUUUUGGACGAUUACAAUACUUAGUAGUAUACUAAGUAAAAAGUCACUCCUCGAGAAAGGCCACAUUAUGUCUCGAUUGGGCUUUUCUAAAAUGCACCUUGAAGAUUCUGAGGCUAAGUGAAAAAAGGUGUUAUGGUCAGAUGAGACCAAAAUCAAACUAUUUGACCUCAAUGCCAAGCGGUAUAUCUGGCGGAAAACCAAUACAGCUUGCCAUCUGAAGAACACCAUACCUACAGUAAAGCAUGAAGGUGGUAGCAUUCUGUUGUGGGGUGUGGAAAGCGUACUGCCCUCUGCCAGAAAGUUUUCAAUGGGAAGAAGGUUCACCGUCCAACAUGACAAUGACCCAAAGCACACAGCAAGUCACUUCAUAGUGGCUGAAGGAGAAAAGGUUGGAUGUCAUUGCGUGGCCUAGUCAGAGCCCAGACUUACACUCUAUUGAAAAUCUGUGAAAUGGCUUGAAGAUUGCAAUCCACCAACGGUCACCAUCCAAUUGGACUGAGCUUGAACAGUUCUUUAAAGAAGAUUGGGCAAAUAUCACACAGUUUAACUGUGAACCUUUAACUAUCUCUGUGAUUCAGGUUUUUUUUUUUUUCUAAACUGUUGCUAUUAUAUCUUUCACUUGGCUGUUAUAAGUUGCAUUGAGCAAAUACAGCUGGAGAAAUGUUAUUUUGAGUGUGUUUUCAUUUCCAGCUGCAAAUCAAAAAAUGUGGAAUGUUUUGAAGGGGGUGGUUCUUUUCUAUUGUAAGCCACUAGGGGGCAUACCGCCACCCUGACUUCCGACAGAGACAGGCAGCACAAAGGUUCAAUUCAACACCCGUGUUUAUUUAUAAUUAUAAGUGCACAAACCACCAACACCACACCAAUAUACAGUCCAGUCCCUUCCUUUCUGCCAGUCCAUCUGCCUCCACUCAUGCUCAGGCUUUGUCUCCUUCCUCCCAACUCUGUCCCCUCAAUGGAGUGAGGCGGCUCCUCUUAUUCAGGUCCCGGCAGUGUUCCAGGUGGCUCAUCACUAUUACCUGGAAUCACUCCCAGGUGCGCUGGAGGUCCUCUACAAGGCUCUGCAGCUCCCCCUGGCGGCCCCCACAGAACCCAACAGGGCUUCACCAAACUCCAGUUCCCAACAUGCCCUGCAAGAAUCCGUGGUGCCACAGCUGCCCAGAAGGGCUGCCCUCUAGUGCCCCAGGGGAGGUAUUGCCUCAUCAAUGCCCUUUCCCCUGGUUUUUCCACCCUACUGGCGUCCCGGCCAGGUAGUGGCCGUGACCGUCCAUCACACUAUACAUACUGUAGCUUCCGUGAACCAUUUCCAGGAUGGCAUAAAUGUUAGCCGUGAUGUUUCAGUGCUCCAGAAGAUUGGGCUGAGAUCUCAGACUGGUUACUGUCUAUGUGAAGUGUGCAUGACCUUCCAGUGUGUUUGUUUUUUUCCAGGUACUUUGGUUUUCAUCUCACAUGUCACCGAUAUCCAUCUUUAUGUAUUAGAUAUUCUUUAAAUAUAGUGGGAUUUGAUUUGAGACAGAUUUCCCAAGCUGUUGCUAACUUUUUACGUAUGUGAGGAGUUUCCUCAAAUUAAGGUGCACAUGUCCCAUCAGCAGCUUUGGCUUUUAAUGUAAAGUAAAGCUGUGCAAUGACAGCACCACCAUCCAACCUAACCAUCAUGAGCUGCUACAUGUGAAACAUCAUUUUGUGCUGUAACUACAUUUACAGUUAGUUUGGUGUAUCAUGAUAAAAAAUUAUCUCAAAAAACUUUUUACAUCAUCUGUCAAUGCAUUUAUUUUUAGAUUUACAACAGUUUUUCUUGGGUGAGCUAUACAUCUCAGUCAGACUGGUUAUUUCUGGCCUGACUUUUGCCAAAAACACUGUUUUACAUCUUAAUAAAGGUGUGCUAUGGAAAAAAUGAUCUCAAUGACAGAUUGACUUAUGGGUAGAAGUUCAAAAAGUUAAUGGUAAUGAUUAAAGGUGGUUUUGAAUAAAUAAUAACUUUUUUCACUUACUACAUGUCAUAUGAUUCAUCACAAACAAAAUAAACUAGUGCAACCAUAGCAAGGAGAAAAAAAAAGUUUCACAUUUAAAAAAUAAAUGGACCUUUACAAACAUUCUUAAACUGUUACUGUGUUUGUCAUUUUUAGAAAUGCACAUGUGCCAUAUGCAGUUAUAUAAAGUCUUGUUCCAGUCUUAACUUUGCUGAAGUCAUUUAAAAGGAGAGAAUUAAUGGUUGAUGGAGACAUUGUAGUGUAGGCCAGCAACCAUAGAGGGAGCUCAAGGACUUAUUUAAAUCUCUUGAAAGAAUGUACAGUACUACCAAACUCCUGGAUUCUUACAAACUAUUCUGUUGUGUGUCUAUGAAUAUAUUCUGUACAUAUACAUUCUUUUGUUAACGUAGAAGUAUUUAGUUUUUGCAUAAUUCUCACUAAAUGAAGAUUAUUCACUGCUUUGUAAUUUAAGAAUUCUUGGAACUGAUGUUCCAGUGAUGGCUAAAAUUAUCUUCUAGGUACCCUCUGGAGCUGGUCUUUGAGGAUAACCUUAAGAGUUUUAGAAAUUGGAUACACUCAUUCCUCCUGUUACAGUUCUCAAAGAUUAUAUUAUGUAUUAUUUUCCAUUUUUCUAUAAUCUUUUGGAUUGUUUGAAUUUAUGAGAUGAAAAGCCAAAAAAAUCUUUAUUUUCAUAUAAUAGAAAGAGAAGAUACUUGAAUUUUUAUAGUGAAGCUGCACAUCUUCAAAACAAAAGAAGAAUGCACAAGAAAUAGAUAAAGUACUCAUAGCCAGUUUAAUUUCUUGGGUGGCUGGUACUCCAGCACUUGAGCAGUUUGCUUUUUUUCUGAAGUUAAGAUUAUAAUUUUUUUAAAUGUAUUUCCCCCCAACAACUUCUGUCAGUGCCACAAGUUUAAUUGUAAUGUGUCAAGUGUCUGUGGUAGUUUGUGAAAAAUGCUUUCACAGAUUUUUCUGUAAAAAACAAAUGCAUAUACUGAUCAUGUUCAUGUGUGUCUAGGGUGUCUCUUGACUGGAAAAAUAAUGUUGUCUGACUGAAUAUGUUUGUGUUACUGUGUGUUGUUUGGUUUCCUUUGUGCCUGUCUGCCCUGCUUCCCUUUCCUCUUUACUAGCAGACUGUCUUCUCAAUUCCUGCUUUUACACCUUCUUUCAUUUUUAUUAAUUUAUUUUUCCCCUCACAUUCUUGCAUUUCACAGUUAUAUAGCUUGCUGUCCAAUUCUUUAAAAGUUCUCUCUCAGAAACUGCCUAAUCCUGAUCCUCCCAUUUAUGAUGAUUGGUGGUCUGGUCAUUUUUACAAAUGUCUCUUCCUUUUGCUAAGUAAAUAAAAAUGAAGAAACUAACUUCACUAUUGUAUAUUUUAUGAUAAAGUAAUCUUGUCAAUUUGAAAUCUAGACCAUGCAUGUGUUGUGCCUGUGACAACUUCUGGAUUUGAAUGCAAAAAUCCAGGCAAGCAAGGUAAAGAGGAAUGCUUUAAUUUCAGACUUGCUUCACUUAUGUUGCUCAUUCAUCUGAACUUGUACCUUAUUAAAUAUAACAGCAAAUAUUUGUUGUCUGUGCCUUUGGCUUACUUUAAAAACACUGCAUGGUCAUCUGUGCUUGUAAUUCCAAUUCUCUGUGUGCUGAAUUGUUGAGUGUGGGUCUGUGGAGUGUGUAUCAGUUCCCAAGGUGCCAUCUUAGUUCAUAUUUUAUAAGCAUCAAGUUUUUAAUUACUACAGAUGUCUGACAAUCUCAAAGUCUCAACUGUAAUUUUAAACACAAAUGUGAAAAGCUAUGUGUAUUUGUGUGCCUUUUGUUCAUUUUUAAAAAAGAUACCUUAAAAUGUUUUCCUCUGGGUCAUAAUUUCAGUAUGUUCUUAAAUGUUUGCAACUGUUUAUCUAAAAGACAUUCAAGUGUGGCAUGGAUUUUGCCAAAGGUUUUUGUUACUUAGUUUCAAAUCAAGAGUGAUGUGUUCCGGAUUUGUAUUAUGUACUUCAUUUCCUUGAACACCUGAAAUUUAGCCCUGCCAAAUAAAUUCUCUUUUUUAAUCA